AAAUGUCAGUAGCUCAGAUUUGCAGCCGUAUUUCGUUCCCUUUUUGUGUUAUUGGACUUUAGGGGGAUUGUUAAAGCAUGCACGUUGUAAUCUUAAAUCGAUAAGUGAACUGGGAGCAGUACAAAACUGAAACGAACACACGUAAAAUCCUAUCGAGCGAAUGUUUCUCACAAUCAGCUGGCAGGGAAAUUAUACAUAUGGCAGAAAAACAAUCUUCAUUUUCGCUCCUUCCAAAAAUUGUCAACGGUGGUAUAGCAGGCAUUAUAGGCGUCACAUGUGUAUUUCCCCUAGAUUUGGUCAAAACCCGGUUACAGAAUCAACAAAUCGGUCCAAAUGGCGAGAAAAUGUAUGAUAGCAUGGUGGAUGCAUUUCGAAAGGUAUACAAACAAGAGGGAUUUCUCGGAAUGUACAGGGGAUCGGCCGUCAACAUUCUACUAAUCACUCCAGAAAAAGCCAUUAAAUUAGCCGCGAACGAUUUCUUCAGAUACCAUUUGCAAACCAGAGAUAAAACGUUGCCUAUUUUUCGUCAGAUGGUGGCGGGUGGUUUGGCGGGACUAUGCCAAAUUAUUAUAACUACGCCAAUGGAAUUGCUAAAAAUCCAGAUGCAGGACGCUGGUAGGGUUGCAGCCCAAGCUCUCUUAGUUGGAAAGACUGUUCAAAAGACAUCAGCCACCGAACUGGCCAUAGGCCUCUUCAGACUGCAUGGCAUCUUGGGCUUGUACAAAGGCAUUGGUGCUACCAUGUUACGGGACGUUUCGUUUUCUGUGAUAUACUUCCCUUUGUUUGCAACUCUUAAUGAUCUGGGGCCUAGGAAGAGUGACGGAUCAGGGGAAGCAGUUUUUUGGUGCUCUUUUCUGGCAGGAUGUGCGGCAGGAUCGACAGCAGCACUCGCAGUUAAUCCUUUCGACGUCGUGAAAACAAGACUUCAAGCCCUUAAAAAGGCCGAAGGGGAAAGAUCUUAUACGGGUAUCGGAAACGCUUUUGUAAACAUUUUGAAGUAUGAAGGGCCAACUGCAUUCUUCAAAGGAGGAGCAUGUCGUAUGAUCGUCAUCGCCCCAUUGUUUGGAAUAGCACAAACCGUUUACUAUCUAGGCGUAGCAGAACGACUACUUGGUAUUCAAAGAGGUUAAAAAUUAAAAUAGUACAAAAUAAAAAAAAAUCAUUUUACGUUGUGUUUUAAAUUAGAAUACUUGUUUUUCUAUUAUUUUAGUUCGUUCUAGAACUACUUAGGCUACCACGCUCCUAUCAAAAAUCGAAUAAACAUAAUGUAUUACAAGUUUAAAUAUUAGUUUUAACAAUUUUUGUUUACAUUUACAUGACAUUUGAGCUAGAUUUUUAUAUUCAUAUUUUGUGUUAAUGGAAACACACCCAAAAGUUAUAGCGUAAAAAACUUUUUGUGAUAUUUUAUGUUUAAAAAGACAAUUUUAAUAAUUAAUUAUGGUUAGUUCCAG